AUGGAUGUUCAUGAUUUAAAUAAAAUGAGAGAAUAUGGUAGUAAUAGAGCAAUUCAAUUGCUCGCAAGUCUGUGUAGCUUUUCAAGGAGAUGCAUAUUUCGUGUACUUUCUACGGGUCCUAUCCCCAACCAUCUUGCCUUUAUCAUGGAUGGAAAUAGGAGGUAUGCAAAAAACCGAAGCCUAAAAGAAGGGGCUGGACAUACGGCUGGGUUUUUGGCACUCAUGAGCAUUCUUAAUUAUUGCUAUGAGUUGGGGGUAAAGUACAUAACUGUUUAUGCCUUUAGCAUUGAUAAUUUUAAAAGGCGGCCCGAGGAGGUUCAUUCCCUGGUAGAUAUGAUUUUGGAGAAGAUUCAAGAAUUGCUCAAAGAAGACAGUAUUGUUAAGAAGUAUGGUGUCAGGGUGUAUUUUAUAGGUAACUUGAAACUUCUGAAUGAUCCUGUCAGAGCCACUGCAGAAAAGUUGAUGAGGACCACUUCCAACAACACUAGGACUGUGCUUCUAGUCUGCUUGGCCUAUACUUCAUCCAAUGAGAUUGUAAAUGCUAUUCAGGAAUCUUGCAGAGAUAAACAGGACAAAAUCCAAGCAUUGAGCCCCAAAAAAUAUUGCAAUGGUGUGACCAUGCCUGGCAUUCAAGUGUCCUACCAUGAUUUGCCGGUUGCAUCUCAAGCACUAGAUGGAAGUAGAGAUAGUGAUUCUUUGACUGAAGGAGGUAAACUGAUUGAGAAGAAUGAUGGUGAGAUUUUGCAAACUUUAAAAGAAAGAUAUGAAGAUGAAAGUGGUGAAGUUCAGGAACCAAAUGCUAUAGAUGAUGCCAAUGGUAAGACUAGAGGGUUUGAAGAUGUUAAGAAGCAGGAACAUCCUCUGAUAAAUAUGGUAGACAUUGAGAAGCACAUGUACAUGGCAGUGGCACCUAAUCCCGAUGUGCUUCUCCGAAGUUCUGGAGAGACCCGCUUGAGCAAUUUCCUAUUAUGGCAGUCUAGCAACUGCCCACUGUAUGCUCCUUCUGCAUUGUGGCCUGAGAUUGGUCUAUGGCAUCUGAUACGGAUGGUAUUAAUCUUCCAACGUAACUAUUCUUAUUUGGAGAAGAAGAAGAAGCAAAUUUGAUAUCU